AUGGCGGCGCCCGGCGACCAACGCAUCGCCGUCCCCAUCGACGAUCCUAACGCCGACACCGAGUGGAACGACAUACUGCGCAAACAUGGAGUCAUUCCCGAGAAACCGCCCAGUCCGACUCCUAUGAUCGAAGAAGCCAUCGUCGAGGGAAGGCGGCUGGCCCACGAGAAUCGACUCGAGGGCAAGGACCUGGACGAGCUUGAUGAGCUCGAGGACCUGGAGGACGAGGCCUUUUUGGACCAAUACCGACAAAAAAGAAUGGCCGAGCUGAGCAGCCUGCAAAAGAAAGCUAUCCACGGCAGCGUCUACCCCAUUUCGAAACCAGAUUACCAGCGCGAGGUCACCGACGCAUCCAAGGACGGGCCCGUCUUGGUGAACCUGACGUCGUCGAUGGGCACCAACGUGGAGUCGCGGGUCCUCUCGGAACUCUGGCGGCAGGCUGCCAAGGAAUAUGGAGAUGUCAAGUUUUGCGAGAUCAGGGCGAGCCAGGCCAUCGAAAACUACCCGGACAGGAACUGCCCCACGAUCCUGGUGUACAAGAACGGCGACCUUGCCAAACAGGUUGUGACGCUCGCGACGCUGGGCGGAGCCCGCACCACGAUGCGGAGUAUCGACGACAUUCUGGUGGAAGUCGGCGCCGUGCCUGCAUCGGACAUGCGGGUGGUCAAGAGGAGGCAAGCGGCGGUGGACGCUGAGGAGGAACGAUUGGCCGGGAAGAGCAUCAAGACGGGCUCUGCGGGAAUUGACGACGACGAUGACUGGGACUGA